AUGCUGGGAGGCCAUACAGAUGUUGAUAUUAUAUUUCCAAUGUUCAAGGAGGGAUCGCCAUUUGGAAAUGUUGUAAUACAGUGUCCAUGUGAUUUAGAAUGUCAUGAUUUUGACUCUUUCUUCACAAGAUCUUGCAGAUGGCACAAUGAGAAAAAUGGUUGCUAUGGCACCGGAGACGAGCUGGACUUUAUCAGAAUGAGAGGAGCAUGGGGUCGUGCUGGCGAAGGUGUUUUCUUAACCAGCGAUAAGCCAGAUGGGUUCUUUCUACUUGUUGGCAUUCAGCAGAAGCUUCCCGAAAUGUAUUCGGCGAUGCUGGUGAGUGACCCAAUACAAUGUCAACAAGGAGACGGGAUCGUUCGCUUCCGGCAUUGGACUUCGCCUGGCGUGAAGGUUCGGGUGUGUAUUAGACCUCCCUCUAUGCGUCGCCGAUAUUCAUGGUGCAGUGAAAAUGUGAAGCGGAAGCCCGGCAAGUCAGCCGUGGUUUUAAUUCCAGGAAGUAUAAUGACCAUGUUUGAGAUUGUCAUUGAAGCAUAUGGAUUCAGUUUGGACGCAUUUGGGGUUCAAGGUGGGGCUGCAGCAAUUGAUGAUAUAUCUUAUAACACAACUGCUAUCUAUCAGUGUCAAAUGAUACCGCAUAUUCCCAAACUUCAAAACGUCACAAAAUCAGUUUGUAACUCUAUAAAAUGCGACUUUGAUUCUGGAGACUGCUUGAAAAAGAUGGGCAAAAAGUGGGAAGUUACAAGUGAAGCAGUGGGACCGAGGCCGACCGGGAUUUUGAAACCACUAGAAGGAGAUUAUGGUUAUGUCAAAGGACCCGGUGAUGCUAGUUUGUCUCUUGGGAAGUUGAAAAUCCCAAGAACCUAUGGAUUGCAGUUUUGUUACUUCUCCGAAUUAAUUGGAACUGAUUUUGAAGUGAUUUUGAGGCCGGAGGAAUCGAGUGAAAAACUUGUAUUAUACAAUGUAACCUCUGUUGACCGGUUCUCCCAAGAAUGGCAAUGCAAACGAGUAUUUCUUUCAGUAAAUGGAACGAUUGACUUCUCAAUAAGGAACCUGCGAAAUGAGUUCUCAUACUUUGCACUCGAUCAAAUCGAUCUUUUCGACCCAAUGACAAGUUUGACGGCGUGCGAUUUUUAG